GAAAAUAAAUAUUUAGUUACUUAAAAUGAGCCUUCACUAUUCAACUGUGGAGUGUGAACAUGUGAGUCAGUCAUUUGACCAUACGAGAGUGUCGAGCUGCAAAACAAGAUGAUGGCUGGUGAAGUGGAGAAGUCAACAUUCUUCGUCGCUGUCCACGUAGGCGCCGGAUACCACGCGCCGUCGAAUGAGAAAGCUCUCCGAUUCGCCAUGAAACGCGCAUGCAUCGCCGCCGCCUCCAUCCUACGGAAGGGUCCCGGUGGAUGUAUAGAUGCUGUCACCGCAGCGGUUCAAGUGUUGGAGGACGAUCCAAAUACAAAUGCCGGGCGAGGUUCAAAUUUGACUGAGGAUGGUUAUGUGGAAUGUGAUGCAAGUAUUAUGGAUGGUGAUUCCGGAGCAUUUGGUGCUGUAGGGGCAGUGCGAGGUGUUAGAAAUGCCAUCCAGAUUGCUGCAUUAUUAGCAAAGGAUCAGCUUUCUGGUUCAACACUGCUAGGGCGGAUAUCCCCUAUGUUUUUAGUGGGUGAAGGUGCACGAGCAUGGGCAAAAUCUAGAGGUGUUGCUCUACCAGAAUCAAUAAAAGAAGCCGAAGAGUUGCUUGUGACUGAGAGGACCAGAAACCUGUGGAGAAAAUACCGAGGGAUGCUUGAUGGUGCUAAAGCUGUUAAUGAUGUUUCUUUCACACCAAGCACUUACAAUCCUAUAGGACCUUGUGCAGUUUUAGAGGCUCGAUUGCAUGAUGAGUUAAAUGGAAGCACAAGUAGUGACCAAUUUUCCUUGCAAAAGAACCCAGAUGAGGACUGUGUUAGUGACACUGUUGGAGUAAUUUGUGUUGAUUCAGAAGGUCACAUUGCAUGUGGGGCCUCAAGUGGCGGUAUUGCCUUGAAGGUCAGUGGACGUGUUGGUUUAGCAGCAGCAUAUGGUUCUGGAUGUUGGGCAUCAUCAAAGGGACAGUUUGGAGCCCCAUUUAUAGUCGGUUGUUGUGUUAGUGGUGCUGGAGAGUAUCUAAUGAAAGAAUUUGCUGCUAGGGAAUGUUGUGUAUCCUCAUCUGUAUCUCAAGCUGGACCGGCAUCUGCUUGCACAAAAGUUCUACGCUCUGUCACUCUAGAAAACGGUAGUGACUAUGGCUCUGACAGAAGUGGUGGAAUAUUACUAGUUCAAGCAGAGGCUUCUCGAAUGGUUGCUGCUGGAAACUUGCCCUUGCUGGAAGCCGUUGAAAUUGCAGCUGCAUUUUCUUCUUUGUCAUUCGGAAUUGGGUAUUUCGGAAGCUCAUUGGAGAAGCCCAAGGUUUCUAUCCUUAGAAGCUCAAAGAAGCAUAGCAGAAAUGGGUUAAAUGAGUUUGCAGCGCGAAUCAAACUCCUACCGUAGAUCUGUUUUUACUCAUUCUGCAGGUGAAUUUCUGUUUGCUGCAAUAAAAAAUCUAGGUUUUGGAGUGAAAUGUGCAACUCAGGUAUUGAGAUGAUAUGGGAGCUGUAAUCAGGGUGUUGCUAAAUCCACACCCAUUUUGACUAAAUCCACCCCUUUUAUGUUAAAUGUACAAGUUUGCCCUUAAAAAUUGACUUGGAUCAAAAUGAUCUCUUUUGUAUUUUAAGGGUAAAAUCGUCAAUUUAACACAAAAAGAGUGGAUUUAGCGGAAAUGGGAAUGAAUACAGCAACACCCCUCUAAUUAUUACUUCAUCCAUCUCCCAUUUUAUGUGUUGUAUUAUGUUAAAUAAUGUCCAUUUUCUCAUUAUAGGAAUCACAAAAUAUUCUCAAUUCACCUAUUUUCCUUUACUUUUGACUAAAUUGGAUUCAUCCAU